ACGAGAUCAGGUUCCUGCUGGCAUGCUGGCUGCCCUACAAAUUAGGAGGCAGUCCGAGCUGAGAUCUUAAUUGUAGGAGCUGAUCUUGGUCCGCUGUUUCAUUGUUGACAUCAUGUCCUUCGCUAAUGGCCGCUACAAAAUAGGUGGUGCUGAUCUUUUUCAAAACCUAGCGAAUUAAAUACGUGCUGGCACUCUUGAUGACAGUAAGACGUACGAGGGAAUUAGAUCAAUAAUAUUGCGUUUUCUUCGCACUGUGGGAUCGUUGCAUGGGAGCUGACAACUAGCGUAUCGUUUGGGGUCAUUUUCAAAGUUGUGAAGGAAUCUCAAAAUGGCGCUUUUGGAGCUCUUCAUCACCGCAUCAGUUCCAGUCUUGAAAGUGCUCUUGAUUACUGCACUUGGGUCUUAUCUUGCACUGGAUAGUGUCGAUAUAUUGGGGGAAGAUGCUAGGAAGCAUUUGAAUACUGUUGUAUUUUAUGUAUUUAAUCCAGCCCUUGUGUCCACCAAACUUGCUCAAACGAUAACAAGCGAGAGCAUGGUCAAGUUGUGGUUUAUGCCAAUCAAUAUCCUCUUCACAUUUAUAAUUGGCUCAGUUCUUGGAUGGAUAGUUGUCCUAGUUACAGGAGCUCCUUCACACCUGAGAGGCCUCAUUGUGGGUUGCUGCGCUGCAGGAAAUUUGGGGAACAUUCUUCUCAUUAUCAUCCCAUCAGUUUGUAAAGAAAAAGGAGGGCCAUUUGGAGAUCCUGAUGUCUGUCAAACAUAUGGAAUGGCUUAUGUUUCACUUUCAAUGGCGAUAGGAGCCAUUUAUCUGUGGUCUUACGUGUAUAAUAUUGUGCGGAUCUCUUCAAGGAGUAGCACCAGAGAAUCAGAAGUGAAUGAAUUCUCUAUCAGCAAGCCUGCCAGAGAAUCCUCCACACCAGACCUUGGGGUCAUAGAGCCACUACUUUCAUCCUCCAAGGAAUUCUUGAUACCUGAGAACAAUAAAGAUCAAUAUGCACUGCCCUGCACUAGAUCAGACGUAGCGAGAUCUGAGGUUGCAGUUUCAGAUAAAGUAAAGCAACAUAUAUCGAUGCUGUUGAGAAAGAUUAAUCUAAAGACGAUAUUUGCCCCUUCAACUAUUGGAGCGAUUGCUGGGUUUACAAUUGGACUCAUUCCUGAUAUCCGAAAGUUAAUGAUUGGUGAAGGUGCUCCUCUUCGAGUAAUCCAAGACUCUGCUUCCUUGUUGGGAGAUGGAGCCAUCCCAGCUGUCACUCUAAUAGUCGGUGGAAACCUUCUCAAAGGUUUGAAAGGGCCAGGAAUUCAGAAAUCACUCAUCAUUGGCAUCGUAGUAGUUCGUUAUAUUGCUCUGCCUCUGACAGGGAUUUUCAUCAUUAAAGGUGCACAUCAAAUUGGUUUGGUGCACUUCGAUCCAUUGUACCAGUUUAUUCUUUUGAUCCAAUAUGCAGUUCCCCCUGCUAUGAAUAUAGGAACCAUCACACAGCUGUUUGGAGCAGGAGAGAGUGAGUGCUCUGUAAUCAUGUUGUGGACUUACGCCUUGGCUUCAAUUUCACUUACUUUCUGGUCAACCUUCUUCAUGUGGCUCGUGGCUCCUUAGCCUCUGGCUAAAAAAAUCCACACACACACACACACCAAGUAAUAAGUUUUGGCAAUUUUUUCUGAUUUAGAAAAGAAUGUAAUCUCAUAUGAGGGAAUGGUCGCAACUUAACUCUCGAAAGCUGAUUUUAUUAACCCUCCUUAUAAAUUCAUUCAGUUUUGGAUUCCUUCUGUACCUAUCUGAAUUGACAUUCUAAUUCAUUUGAAUUAACACAGGAUAACUGCAAUU